UCUGGCCUCGGCUCGGGCCCCGGCUGCGCCUACCCCGCGCGGGCUGCACGGCCCCCGCGCGCCAGCGCUCUGACCCGCUCUCUGCGCGUCGCCCCUCUCGCCUGCUGGCCCGGCACCGCUCGCUCCAGUUCCCAGGAGCGGGGAUGCAGAUGCUGCAGCUGGUCGGGGUGGGCGCCGCCGCCGCCGCCGCUGCUGGUUUUUCUCGGACUGCUCGUUGCCUCCGCUCCGGCAGCUGCUGCCGCCGCCGCCGCCGCCUGUGACUCGCCCCCUCCCCUUUCUUUCUUCUCUUUUUGCCUCGGUCCUCUUCCUACGGGUGUGCGCGCGCGCGGGUUGCACGGUUUGCUUUGGCAGGAGCUCGCUCGUGUGUGCGCGUGUGUGAGUGUGCGUGUCUGGAGAGCGCCAGUGCCUCGCUCGCUCCUGGGGAGUCGAAGAAGAGAAAGAACCGAAGAGACAGCAGCGGCGGCGCGGAGCCCGGGGCCGCGCGAUGAAGCUCCCACAUGCCCGCAGCUGCCCGGCCCGGCCGGCGAGCUAAUCAGCCACCCCACGGGCUCUGGGCUCGCCGGCCCCCGGGACGCAGCCCUCGGCGGCCGGGCGCCCGCUCUGUCCGCGCGCCCCCUCCGUGCACCGGGGAAGGAGUUUGUGUGGCUCUCGCUCCGGCUGUCCGCGGAGGUUGCGGGCGUGAGAGGGGACCCUCGGCUGGGAGAGAACCUCGGAAGGACGAGGAGGAGGACGGUUUGGCGGAGAAGCCACCCCUGGCCCUCGCGGCUCCCCCUACCUAUUCCAUCGCUCCCGCUCCGAGGCGGAAAGGGGAGGACGUGGAAGAAGAAAAAGAAAGAGAAGGGGGGUGGGGUGGGAGAACUGGAUAUAAAGAUCGGCUGGGGGGAUGGUGGAAGAUAUUUGGUCUCUUCGGCAGCGUCUUUUCUUAAGCGGCAGCGGCAGCGGCAGCAGCAGCAAGAGGAGGAGAAGCAGCCCCAGCUAUGACUGCCGCAUGUUAAUAGCUGCCGCUGGGUCCCUCGGCUGCUGCUGGAGACAGAGCCUGACUCCGAAGUUGUGCAACUGUGGACUGGGAGAGACAUUUGAACCCUCUUUUCUCUUCGCUCCGCUUUUGCCCCCUUGGGGUGUGUGAAGCGAGGAACGUAAAGGAAGGCGAGCAUUUGGCUCUCUUUUUCCUUCCCCUUUAUCCGUGGCUGUGUAGCAGAAGAAAGGGAAGAGAGACUUUUUGUUGUUGUUUCCUUGACUGGGGUCUCCACCCUCCUGCUGCUUUCUCUGCGCUUCGAUUCUCGUUAUUUGCCGCGUGUGGUUGGGGGUGUCUGCACAGGGGCCGGACGGUCUUUUGCCCCGGGCUCAAUGGCUGGAUUGUGGAAACUGCACCCGCCUUCAGGUUGUUGAGCAACUGAUGGGACGAUCUCAGGGACCGGCGGUUACGAAAGGUUUCAGAUUUGGGAUAUUGGUGUUUCUGUUUCGGAGAAAUUAUUCUUUUUCUUUUUAAUUUGAAGAAAAAUCAUCAGUCUUGGAAUACAGAAGAGGAACUGGAAAUAUAUGUAUUUUGUUUCACAUUUGAACAGUCAUUCUUGAGGAAUACUCCAUACCUGAGUAGACAGCCAUGUGGCCAUCGCAGCUACUAAUUUUCAUGAUGCUCUUAGCUCCAAUAAUUCAUGCUUUCAGCCGUGCCCCAAUUCCAAUGGCUGUGGUCCGCAGAGAGCUAUCCUGUGAGAGCUAUCCUAUAGAGCUUCGCUGUCCAGGAACAGACGUCAUCAUGAUAGAAAGUGCCAACUAUGGCAGGACUGAUGACAAAAUUUGUGACUCUGACCCUGCUCAGAUGGAGAAUAUCCGAUGUUAUCUGCCAGAUGCCUAUAAGAUUAUGUCUCAAAGAUGCAAUAACAGAACCCAGUGUGCAGUGGUGGCAGGUCCUGAUGUUUUUCCAGACCCGUGUCCAGGAACCUAUAAAUACCUUGAAGUGCAGUAUGAAUGUGUCCCUUACAUUUUUCUUUGUCCUGGACUACUAAAAGGAGUAUACCAGAGUGAACAUUUGUUUGAGUCUGACCACCAAUCUGGGGCGUGGUGCAAAGACCCUCUGCAGGCAUCUGACAAGAUUUAUUAUAUGCCCUGGACUCCCUACAGAACUGAUACCCUGACUGAGUAUUCAUCCAAGGAUGACUUCAUUGCUGGAAGACCAACUACAACCUACAAGCUCCCUCAUAGGGUGGAUGGCACAGGAUUUGUAGUGUAUGAUGGAGCUUUGUUCUUCAACAAAGAGCGCACCAGGAACAUAGUAAAGUUUGAUUUGCGGACUAGGAUAAAGAGUGGAGAGGCUAUUAUAGCAAAUGCCAAUUACCAUGAUACCUCCCCUUACCGAUGGGGAGGCAAAUCUGACAUAGACCUGGCAGUAGAUGAGAAUGGGCUAUGGGUAAUCUAUGCAACAGAACAAAACAAUGGUAAAAUUGUCAUUAGUCAAUUGAACCCUUACACCCUGCGGAUAGAAGGAACAUGGGAUACUGCAUAUGAUAAAAGGUCAGCUUCCAAUGCCUUUAUGAUUUGUGGAAUUCUGUAUGUGGUCAAAUCUGUAUAUGAGGAUGAUGACAAUGAGGCCACUGGAAAUAAGAUUGACUACAUUUACAACACUGACCAAAGCAAGGAUAGUUUGGUGGAUGUACCCUUUCCUAAUUCAUACCAGUACAUUGCAGCUGUGGAUUACAACCCCAGGGACAACCUACUUUAUGUAUGGAAUAACUAUCACGUCGUGAAAUAUUCUUUGGAUUUUGGACCUCUGGAUAGUAGAUCAGGGCAGGCACAUCAUGGACAAGUUUCAUACAUUUCUCCACCAAUUCACCUUGACUCUGAGCUAGAAAGACCCUCUGUUAAAGAUAUCUCUACCACAGGACCUCUUGGCAUGGGAAGCACUACCACCAGUACCACCCUUCGGACCACAACUUUGAGCCCAGGAAGGAGUACCACCCCGUCAGUGUCAGGAAGAAGAAACCGGAGUACUAGCACCCCAUCUCCAGCUGUCGAGGUGCUUGAUGACAUGACCACACACCUUCCAUCAGCAUCGUCCCAAAUCCCAGCUCUCGAAGAGAGCUGUGAGGCUGUGGAAGCCCGAGAAAUCAUGUGGUUUAAGACUCGUCAGGGACAGAUAGCAAAGCAGCCAUGCCCUGCAGGAACUAUAGGUGUAUCAACUUAUCUAUGCCUUGCUCCUGAUGGAAUUUGGGAUCCCCAAGGACCAGAUCUCAGCAACUGUUCUUCUCCUUGGGUCAAUCAUAUAACACAGAAGUUGAAAUCUGGUGAAACAGCUGCCAACAUUGCUAGAGAGCUGGCUGAACAGACAAGAAAUCACUUGAAUGCUGGGGACAUCACCUACUCUGUCCGGGCCAUGGACCAGCUGGUAGGCCUCCUAGAUGUACAACUUCGGAACUUGACCCCAGGUGGAAAAGAUAGUGCUGCCCGGAGUUUGAACAAGCUUCAGAAAAGAGAGCGCUCUUGCAGAGCCUAUGUCCAGGCAAUGGUCGAGACAGUUAACAACCUCCUUCAACCACAAGCUUUGAAUGCAUGGAGAGACCUGACUACGAGCGAUCAGCUGCGUGCGGCCACCAUGUUGCUUCAUACUGUAGAGGAAAGUGCUUUUGUGCUGGCUGAUAACCUUUUGAAGACUGACAUUGUCAGGGAGAACACAGACAAUAUUAAAUUGGAAGUUGCAAGACUGAGCACAGAAGGAAGCUUAGAAGACCUAAAAUUUCCAGAAAACAUGGGCCACGGAAGCACUAUCCAGUUGUCUGCAAAUACUUUAAAGCAAAAUGGCCGAAAUGGAGAGAUCAGAGUGGCCUUUGUCCUGUAUAACAACUUGGGUCCUUAUUUGUCCACGGAGAAUGCCAGUAUGAAGUUGGGAACGGAAGCUUUGUCGACAAAUCAUUCUGUUAUUGUCAAUUCCCCUGUUAUUACGGCAGCAAUAAACAAAGAGUUCAGUAACAAGGUUUAUUUGGCUGAUCCUGUGGUGUUUACUGUUAAACAUAUCAAGCAGUCAGAGGAAAAUUUCAACCCUAACUGUUCAUUUUGGAGCUACUCCAAGCGUACAAUGACAGGUUAUUGGUCAACACAAGGCUGUCGGCUCCUGACAACAAAUAAGACACAUACUACAUGCUCUUGUAACCACCUAACAAAUUUUGCAGUACUGAUGGCACAUGUGGAAGUUAAGCACAGUGAUGCGGUCCAUGACCUCCUUCUGGAUGUGAUCACGUGGGUUGGAAUUUUGCUGUCCCUUGUUUGUCUCCUGAUUUGCAUCUUCACAUUUUGCUUUUUCCGCGGGCUCCAGAGUGACCGUAACACCAUCCACAAGAACCUCUGCAUCAGUCUCUUUGUAGCAGAGCUGCUCUUCCUGAUUGGGAUCAACCGAACUGACCAACCAAUUGCCUGUGCUGUUUUCGCUGCCCUCUUACAUUUCUUCUUCUUGGCUGCCUUCACCUGGAUGUUCCUGGAGGGGGUGCAGCUUUAUAUCAUGCUGGUGGAGGUUUUUGAGAGUGAACAUUCACGUAGGAAAUACUUUUAUCUGGUCGGCUAUGGGAUGCCUGCACUCAUUGUGGCUGUGUCAGCUGCAGUAGACUACAGGAGUUAUGGAACAGAUAAAGUAUGUUGGCUCCGACUUGACACCUACUUCAUUUGGAGUUUUAUAGGACCAGCAACCUUGAUAAUUAUGCUUAAUGUAAUCUUCCUUGGGAUUGCUUUAUAUAAAAUGUUUCAUCAUACUGCUAUACUGAAACCUGAAUCAGGCUGUCUUGAUAACAUCAAGUCAUGGGUUAUAGGUGCAAUAGCUCUUCUCUGCCUAUUAGGAUUGACCUGGGCCUUUGGACUCAUGUAUAUUAAUGAAAGCACAGUCAUCAUGGCGUAUCUCUUCACCAUUUUCAAUUCUCUACAGGGAAUGUUUAUAUUUAUUUUCCAUUGUGUCCUACAGAAGAAGGUACGAAAAGAGUAUGGGAAAUGCCUGCGAACACAUUGCUGUAGUGGCAAAAGUACAGAGAGUUCCAUUGGUUCAGGGAAAACAUCUGGUUCUCGAACUCCUGGACGCUACUCCACAGGCUCACAGAGCCGAAUCCGUAGAAUGUGGAAUGACACGGUUCGAAAGCAGUCAGAGUCUUCCUUUAUUACUGGAGACAUAAACAGUUCAGCGUCACUCAACAGAGAGGGGCUUCUGAACAAUGCCAGGGAUACAAGUGUCAUGGAUACUCUACCACUGAAUGGUAACCAUGGCAAUAGUUACAGCAUUGCCAGCGGCGAAUACCUGAGCAACUGUGUGCAAAUCAUAGACCGUGGCUAUAACCAUAACGAGACCGCCCUAGAGAAAAAGAUUCUGAAGGAACUCACUUCCAACUAUAUCCCUUCUUACCUGAACAACCAUGAGCGCUCCAGUGAACAGAACAGGAAUCUGAUGAACAAGCUGGUGAAUAACCUUGGCAGUGGAAGGGAAGAUGAUGCCAUUGUCCUGGAUGAUGCCACCUCGUUUAACCACGAGGAGAGUUUGGGCCUGGAACUCAUUCAUGAGGAAUCUGAUGCUCCUUUGCUGCCCCCAAGAGUAUACUCCACCGAGAACCACCAGCCACUCUAUUAUACCAGAAGGCGGAUCCCCCAAGACCACAGUGAGAGCUUUUUCCCUUUGCUAACCAAUGAGCACACAGAAGAUCUCCAGUCACCCCAUAGAGACUCUCUCUAUACCAGCAUGCCGACACUGGCUGGUGUGGCCGCCACAGAGAGUGUUACCACCAGCACCCAGACCGAACCUCCACCGGCCAAAUGUGGUGAUGCCGAAGAUGUUUACUACAAAAGCAUGCCAAACCUAGGCUCCAGAAACCACGUCCAUCAGCUGCAUACUUACUACCAGCUAGGUCGCGGCAGCAGUGAUGGAUUUAUAGUUCCUCCAAACAAAGAUGGGACCCCUCCCGAGGGAAGUUCAAGAGGACCUGCUCAUUUGGUCACUAGUCUAUAGAAGAUGACAUGGAAAUUGAAACCAACAAAACUGCUAACACCUUGUUGACCGUUCUGAGUUGAUAUAAGCAGUGGUAAUAAUGUGUGUACUCCUAAAUCUUUAUGCUGUCCUCAAAAGACAAAUACAAACUCUCAGACUUUUUUUUUUUAAUGGGAUUUUUAGGUCAGCCCAGGGGAGAAAGAUAACUGCUAAAAUUCCCCUGUACCCCAUCCUUUCUUGUCCUUUCCCCUUCAGAUGGAGACUUCAUUAUGUUAAUGAACAAGAUAUGAAGAAAAUGGCACUCAUUGUGGCCUUGUUGAGUUAUGUUGUGUAUGUUUUAACAUCUCUGAUGCUCUGUUACUAAAAUUACAAGGACCUGCUUUUUAAAAGGCCAGAACAAUUGUCUGAAAUUAGUAACAAUGCUGCAUCUAGAUUGGAGUGCUGCACAAACAAACAUAAGAGCAAAGCAAAACUGUAUCACAUAGGGUUUUUGGUCACUCACAACCUGAAUUCACCACAGCUGCAAUAGCUGUGGAAAACAAAAUAAAACAACAAAAUUAAUAAUGAAAUGGAGGGGAAUUCUAGAAUUAUAUGCUAAAUGCAUAUUUUAUGAUUUGCUGUAUUAACUGAUGAUAAAACUAAUGGCAGAAAAAAAAGUUGAACGAUUUCUAUGUAAUGUACAGAUACUAGCAUUGCACAUAUAGUCUGCUUUCUGUUCCUCCAGAAUUUGAGUCCUGUUAAUGUAGUAGAAAAAAAAAAAGAAAUUUUCUUUUUCUUUUGUGCUGGUCUUGCAAGUUUGUCUACCAGUAAGAGAGCAAAGUUUCCUUCCUUUCUUCUCUUUCUUCAUUUUCUUUUUUUCUUCUUUGCCUUUUUUUCCUUUAAAAUUUCGCCUGGCAAAAAAUAAAUAAAUGGAGCUAUCACUUUAUAAGAAUCAUUUUCUAGUAAUGCAAACAAAUUAUUUUUUACAAAAAAAAUAAAAUAAAUAAAAUUAGACUUCCUUCCCUCACUAUAUAUCUUUAUGCAGUCAGAAUGUUUCAACAGUGUUUUUUGCAAAUUAGAGAAGGACAAACAUUUAUGUUUACAGGGCACGUCUGUUGUAAUGCAAAGCUUAUUUGGCAAGCAGUUCAUCACCAGGACACUAGCUAUGAUUCUAGAAGUCAAAAGGUGUCUAUAGAACUAGUGGGGCUUCUGCAUGUGAGAAACGGUUUUCCAUAGGCAUUAAAGUGCUGAAUGCUCAGUCUGAUCCCCAAGUGGGCACCUGCACUACCACUUUUUAGAGGAAAUUCACUCCCUCAUAAGAAUUGGAAGGUCAAAUUAUUUUGAAGUGAUUUUUUUUUAAAAAGUCUUCUGUUUAUUAAAAGGAAAAUUUAUUUAUUU